GUGGAUUUCAUAAAGAAACCAUUAUCACCCUCUACUUCUAUGACAUUUACUACCUAAGAAUGAGGUUCUUUGAUGAUAAUUGAGAAAUCCCCUUCUUGUUCUUGCAUUUUCUGCUGCAAAUUCUCAGUCUCUUCCACCCUGAUCUCCUCUACCACCCCGGCAUCAAUGGUUUUCGAGUCUUUGUCUUUGACACCAAGCUCCGCCCCACAAUGGGUGCCAAUUCUCUCAUUGGCCGAACCCUCAAGGACUUUUACUGAAUCACUGUCUUGCCGUGACUUUGUUACUCACGCACUCAACUGCAAAGUCGAUACUGUCUGCAUGGGUUGUUAGUUCUCUUUUUCGAACUCAAGACUGAUGCCCUUUUUCUUGAUCAGCAAUUGUAGCAUCUGUUUGAUCUCUUUAAUUCCAUCAAUGGUUUUCUUGAUCUUGAUUUCAGAGGGCCGCUCCUCCAUGCUUGCCUCCCUUUUAACCUCAAGAAUGUUUUUUGAACUUUUUAGUCGUUCCAUGCUUCAACUCUGAAAUGCCAAUUUUGCAAGAAUGAUGGUGCAACCCACAAGAAUUGGGUCCCUCUUCCUCAUUGUCCUCAUUAGACCAGUUAUUGUCAUUGUUCUCUUCCAGCUUCAUGUCUCUGUUGAUCGAGUUUUUCCUACCAUCUGAAGGUGUCUUUCCUUUCUUGAAUUCAAGAAGUAAUUCCUUGAUUUGCCUCAUGUCCAACAAUCUUUCUUUUAUGAGAUCCAUGUCUGUUUUUAGGUCUAUAAUCAUGCUUGCUGGCCAAUUUCUCCAAAGCGCUCAUGAUGCAAGCUCCAUUGGAGCUUGUAGGCCUAGGAGUUUUCUAUCCAAUGCCCUUGCGGGGUAGGAUUGCAUCAGCUCACUCUGGUCUCCAUUGUGCAACUCGGAUUCGGCAGGUCAGACCAAUUGUUAGGAACCAAGAAUUAAAAUGAAAAAGAAAAGAAAGGAUUUUAUUGGCUAGUAAGAAAAGAACAGAAAAUAGGAGAGAAAACUCUGCUCCAAGGGUUUUCCUUUCACAAAGAGCUAAUGCUCAAUCUACAAAUGAUAGGAUCUCCCUCUUUCCUAUCCUUCUUCCCCUAUUUAUAUCUAAUAAACCCCUCUAUCUAACUAUCUAAUCAAUAUCCUAACUGUAGUAACUAACUUAUUGAUAGUCUAACUAUGUUAACUAACUUUCCCUUCUCCUUAUAUCCUAACAGUAUAUAUGCUGAAAAAUAAAGAAAAAAGUACCUAAAAUUAAAAAGAAGUCAUUGGUGUUUUGCCUUUCUUUUAGAGAUUCAAGACAGAAUAGAGAAGAAAGAGAGCAGUUGGUUUUAUGAAAUGUUGAUUGUGAAUAGGCCACAACAGUGAAGAAAUCACCCAGAAUUGGUCGGAAAAGGGAUGGAUAUUUGAGAACCAGUGAGAACAGAGUCUGGAUGCCGGAAAUUGGCCAGAAAAGUGCUGCACGGAAGCAUGCAACAAUGAGCCAUGGUGUAAACUCGCGGGGGAGUGUGGAAAAGAGUUCUACAGAGUCUAGGGCUUACACUUGCAGGGGCACACAAACGAAUGUGUACAGCUGGAACAUUCAGCACAAGCCGAUGAAUCUCUCAAGACUUUAACGCCUGGGAUCAAUGUCAAUAAUAGAAUUUUACCUGAUAAAAUGAUUUCUAGGAAACUAAAAUUCCAAAGUUCAGAUAUUGAAUGGUCAGGCUUUUCUUGGUUUUGUGCUAAACAGCUGAAGCACUACUCUGGGUUUUGCAGGAAUGGAACAACCAUAAAUGUUCAUUCAUUUGUAUACAUUAUGGCUGAAGAAGAAAACCACUAUCUUGGUUACUUGGAAGAUAUGUAUGAAGACAAGAAGAGACAAAAGAAAGUGAAGGUACGGUGGUUUCACCGUGGUCAGGAAGUUAAGCAUGUGAUUGCACAGCUGAAGCUGCAAGAGGGAGAGGUUUUCAUCACACCUCAUGUGCAGGUGAUUAGUGCUGAGUGUGUCAAUGGUCCUGCAACAGUUUUGACUCCUAAGCAUUAUGAGAAAUACCUAGCUGCUGUGUCUCAUACCUCUUUAUCUGAGAUCCAUAUGUGCUUUAGGCAGUUUAAAAACAAUAAGCUUAAGCCCUUUGCACUUACAAAGUUGCGUGGAUAUAGUAACCAAUCUGUUGUUUCUAGUUUGAAUAGUUCUACUCACUCCAAGAGAAAAGCAAAGUUCGAAAAAUCGCACACAGGUGAUGAUGAGAACUUCACUCAAGAUGAUCCUUUAAGGUCCAGCAAUAAGAGGGUUAGAAGUUCUAAGGAUCAUGUACUUGAAAAGGGUUUUUCUGGUCUGCAAAUCUCUCUUCCUACGAAAGAAAUGGCAAAAUGUGAACCAAAAUACCCUAGUUUAAAAUUAAAACUAUCGAGAAAAACAAUGGGUAUUAAGGUUAUUGGACCAAAGCCUCAACUGUCUUUUCAGGUUGGUGCAAAGAUAGAGGUUCUCUGUCAAGAUAGUGGCAUCAGAGGAUGCUGGUUUAGAUGUAAAAUCUUGAGUAUGUCUCCGAGGUUGCUGAAGGUCCAGUAUGAUGAUUUGCUGGAAAUAGAUGGACCACAGAAACUAGAGGAAUGGGUCCCUGCGUCUAGAGUGGCAGCUCCUGGCAAAUUGGGAAUGCGAUGUUCAGGCCGCUUAACAGUACGACCAUGCCCUCCUGAAUAUAAUACAGGUCAUACUUUUGAAAUUGGAGCACCAGUGGAUGCAUGGUGGUGUGAUGGAUGGUGGGAAGGUGUCAUAACUGCAGUUAAUGUCAGUGGAGAUGGAAUCCUGCAGGUUUAUACCCCUGGCGAAGAGAGGUUCCUAAAGGUCGAGAAGAAGAACAUUCGGAUUUCACGGGAUUGGAUCAAUAACAGGUGGGUUGAUAUACAGGGAAAGCCUGACAUUUGCAGCUAUUUACCUUCAAAUGUCAGGUCCAGUAUCAGGAUGUCAGCUAAUUCUGCAGCGGUAGAUGCAUCUAUGUCUGAUUGCUCUGCAAUAUUAGAAAGUAAAGCAUCGACAAUUGCCAAAGUUGAAGUUGCUAAGAAGGUUGAGCCAGAAUUAUCUGGUUUGGAAGCACCUGUUGACCUGGAAAAUAAGAAGGGAAUAACUUUGAGGGAGCCACUCUAUGCCAUUCAUGAAGACAAGGAUAACAACUCUGGUGGUAUCAGGAUGUCAGCUAAUUCUGCAGUGGUAGAUGCAUCUAUGUCUGAUGGCUCUGCAAUAUUAAAAAGUAAACCAUCAACAAUUGCCAAAGUUGAAGUUGCUAAGAAGGUUGAGCCAGAAUUAUCUGGUUUGGAAGCACCUCUUGACCUGGAAAAUAAGAAGGGAAUAACCUUGAGGGAGCCACUCUAUGUCAUUCAUGAAGACAAGGAUAACAACUCUGGUGGUGGCUGUGAUGACGACGAAGCUGACAAGGCUGUGAAGACACUUCUGGCCUUAAAUGAACACAAGGAUAAGAACUCAGGUGGAGGCAGUGACAGUGACACUGACAAUGAUGAUGUUGACAUUGAUACUGACAAUGAUGAUGAGGAUAGUGGGGAAGAUUUUAACUGUUCUGAACCAAAACUCGAUGCAGCAGAAGCAAUACAAGUUGCAUGAUGAAUAUAUGAUAGAGCUAAAUGGGGAAUUUUUUGCUCUCCUACUGAUUAUACCUGAAGGUGGAAAUCAACUUGUAUAUAAAACAAAAUGAAGCCCUGAGGUAAUUAUAUAUGCAGCAUGAUAAUGAUUUUCAAGUUUCUGACUUAAGGAUAAUAGUAGUGUAUAGCAUUAUAGCUUAUGGUUUUUGGGUUCAUGAGAUCAACUUCUAUAGGAUGAUAUUAAUAUAUAUAAUUUAGGCUCCAUGUUAAGUCAUGGGUUGGUAAAUGCGCAACUGCACAUAUCAGUUGAAACUGCAUAUCGUAGAGUUAGCCCAUGAUUAAAAUUUGUAAUUUAUGAUUUUCAGCAGUAUGGGCUUUUGACCAUGAAACUUACAGGAUUACAGAAUUACAAAAUCUUCCGCCAUGCCUAGAUUUUUCUAUCUCAAUUUAAGAGGGGAUGAAUGUUUUAA